CUUCUCAAAAGUUUUAUGAUGCUGUCUGUUUGCAUUGAAUGAAGAUGGCGACCAGUUCAGAGCGUAGUCCCCCACCCUUCCCCGAUUCCGAGGACCAGGAACUAGAGCCAGAAGAAGUUAGAGACCAAGACAGUGAUGACGGGGGAGAUAUUUUUCUUGGCGCCGACAACUUGUUGGAGACCAAGAUGGCUUCAAAGCCUGCAAGUGACAUCCCAACCAAAACACAGAGUGACCCGCCCAGUGACCUUUUCAGUGAACACCUGAUGGAGCCUGCCAGUGCCCCUAAAGUUCAAUGGGAUUUCAUAGAGAAACCAGUCAUUGAAAUGACAAUUGGAUCCACACACAAUGUCAUUGAGGUAACGGGUGACAUUGCCAAAGCACCAGAAGUUGUCACAGAAGCAGCAAGUGACAUUGCUGGGAGUAAUAUCAUCAGUAAACCAUUAAUUGACACGGAUAACAAAACAGGGAAUGAGCUGAAAGAAGAAUCACACAGCAAAGCAUCUGGUGCUCCAGUCAUGGACAUCUUUAAUGAACCACCAAGUGAGGCAUUCAGUUCUCCGGUGAUGGACGUCUUUGGCGAACUACCAAGAAACUUGUCUAGUGCUCCGGUGAUGGACAUCCUAACGGAACCAGCAAGCAAGACAUCUACUGCUCCAAUGGAAGACAGUAUUAGUAAACCAUCUAGUACUUCAGUGGUGGACAUCCUCUGUGAACCGUCAAGUGACAAUGUAAAGGAGCCCGAACCUGACAUAAUCGAUCCUUUGGCUGACAUGAUCAACAACGCUCCAGUUCGUGACGCAAGAGCACCAAUUGCUGCCGUAACCAAGGAGCCAACGAGGGACCUCUUUGAUGACGAGCCUAGCGAUCUAUUUGCCGAACCGCGACCGAGCAAAACCAUUAAGCAGCCGCAAACUAGCAUCUUUGAUGAACCUGACGAAGACCUCUUCAGCGAACCACUGGGUGACACUUUGAAGAAGCCUCAUAAUGACUCCUUCAAAGGAGAGCUUGCACCAGUGGCCAAAGCUCGCCAUGUCCGUGGCCCUCUGAAUGACAACCAGAAUGAGGAAGGCACCGAUAUUUUUGGUGAGGAGGCCGUCACUACUGUCCCUAGUGCAGUCAAACGCACCAUACCCAUCAACUCAAAGACCAAUGGAGUCCACUCCGAUGAGGAAGCUGACAUAUUUGCAGAAGCCACAGUGGAGCUUUCUCUGGACAGCCCUCGGAACGAUCGAAAAAGGAAAGAGGCAGCCAAGCCCACUGCGUCAGCUCCCUCGGUUACAGCGAGCGUGUCCAAACCGCAACCCCCAACUCUGGAGGAGUUGGAGGAAGAAGAAGAGAGUGGGGACAAAUUUGAGCUGAAUAUCUCAAUAACCAACCCAGAAAAAGUUGGGGACGGCAUGAAUGCCUACAUGGCCUACAAAGUUUCCACACAGACCACACUGCCAAUGUUUCGCAGUAAGAUGUUCACAGUGCGCCGGCGUUUCAGUGACUUCUUAGGCCUCUAUGAGAAGCUCUUGGACAAACACGCGCAAAGCGGCUACAUUGUGCCCCCGCCUCCCGAGAAGAGCAUUAUGGGCAUGACCAAAGUCAAGGUUGGAAAAGAAGACAACUCUUCGGCUGAGUUUGUGGAGAAGAGGAGGGCUGCUUUGGAGAGGUAUCUGCAGAGAGUGGUGUGUCACCCAUCGCUGCUUCAAGACCCUGAUGUCCGAGAGUUCCUGGAGAGAGACGAUAUGCCCAGGGCUCACAGCACCCAGGCUCUGAGCGGAGCAGGCUUUCUGAAGAUGAUCAACAGGGCAACAGAUGCUGUCAGCAAGAUGACCAUUAAGAUGAAUGAGUCAGACGUGUGGUUCGAGGACAAACUGCUGGAGGUGGAGGCCGAGGACCAACAGCUGAGAAAGCUCCACAUCAUGGUGGAAUCUCUGGUCGGACACAGGAAAGAGUUGUCGGUGAACACGGCGGGCUUUGCCAAGAGCGUGGCCAUGCUGGGCAGCUCCGAGGACAACACGGCCCUGUCCCGAGCCCUGUCCCAGCUGGCCGAGGUGGAGGACAAGAUGGAGCAGCUGCACCAGGACCAGGCUGCCAGCGACUCGUUCUGCCUGGCCGAGCUGCUCGCGGACUACAUCCGCCUGCUGGGAUCCGUCCGGGCGUCGUUUGACCAGCGGAUGAAGACGUGGCAGCGCUGGCAGGACGCUCAGAACAUGCUGCAGAAGAAGAGGGAGACUGAGGCCAAGCUGCUGUGGGCCAACAAGCCUGACAAGCUACAGCAGGCUAAGGAUGAGAUCACUGAGUGGGAGGCAAAGGUUACACAGUACGAGAAAGAUUUUGACAGAGUCUCCUCUACUGUCCGCAAGGAGGUGCUCAGGUUCGAGAAAGAGAAGGCCAGAGAUUUCAAAAAGCAAAUCAUCAAAUACCUGGAGUCUCUGCUGCAGUCACAGCAACAGCUAAUAAAGUACUGGGAGGCCUUCUUGCCAGAAGCGAAGGCUAUUGCGUGAUGGAGCCUGCCGGCCAAUCGAAAGAGGAGGAAAAGGCUGCCUUUUUUUAUACACUUUACCUCUCGCCUGUUAACCAAGAAAGGAACCAGAGAGUGUGCUGCAAAGGGAAAAAUCUGAUACAAUCAAGUUUUUUUUAUCACCUUAAACCUAUAGCUCUUCAUUCUAAUUGUUGUAAUAAUAAUUGUAUAUUUUCAUUUAACCUUCCACAUAUAUUUUCUUAACAAAAAAAACGUUAGCUCUUCUGUGAUGGGUACGGAUGUGUAAUAAGGGCUGACUGUCUGUACCCAUUGCGUAUGCAACAAAUACAAAUCUUCAUAGGUCACUUGAAUGAUUCCAUUAGUUUCCACUUCAGGAGAGACAGUCAUUGUUCUUUUGUUUUAUAUAAGGAUGUUGCACUAGGAGAAAUCUUUUUUUUUUUUUUUUUUUAACAUCAGCAUUUGUUAAUCGUUUACAACAGGGGGUGCUCUCCUGUCACAAAACUCCAGUCACGCAAAAUCUAUGACACUACUAAGCAGAUUCCCUGGGGCUUUCAAAGGGGCCUUCUUAAAUAUGAUGCCCAAUUCCAAAUGGAUAGAAGCCUGAUGCACAUGUACUUGUAAAAAACUUCCAAAAAGCUAGAUUGAGUUAUUUUUACAUUGAUACUAUCUUUUGAAAUUGAGUUGAUGGGGGUGGAAGUCUAUUUGGGAUUGAGCCAAAGAAAUGUUUCGACAGGCAUAGUUUUCAGUAGAAUUAGAUUGAGCUCCUGAAAGCCUGUUUUUGACAGGAUGGGUUCAACCACUGUGCUGCACGUAGACACCUCCGACACCCGUGAGCUUGCUGUAAGUCUGGAAGGAAUGGAAGACGUUGGCGCUGCAUUGGUCACCGGUAAAAAGUACUGCUCGUCUUUUGGUCUGGGUGUCGUAGGUGUGGACAACAUCAUGUGUCUUGCUAAUCGGGUUUUUAACACUGAAACGCACCUCUUGAGUUUUUGUCACCUGGCUCCACCCAGAAAAUAUGGCGUUGUUCAUUUUAAUGGAUCUGCCCGUUUUAAAAAAGUUAUAGCAGAUCCGUGUUGUGGAUGGACAGCAAAGGAUCUGGAGAAACCCAAUGUUCAUACGUCAGCCCCCAAAUAAUCGUUUCAGCGUAGUGUUCCUGUUGUGGUUUUCAUUUAACAUGCAGUUGAUGCAUGAAGAACUCAUUGAAAUGAGCACUUUCCAGUUUUCUAUGUUGAAAAAGUACACAGUAUGUUACUUUCCAAGACAAUAGGUAGUGGUGCCUUCAAAUUCAUAUACUAGAUACUAAGGUACUGUUGGCCAUUCUGGUUGAGUAAAAGCUCCUAGACAAUGAGAAAACAGGUGAUCAUGAUUUAGUCCCCAAGAGCAGAACCAUGUAUAGGCUAUAUACACAGGACUCUGACUUAUGGAUAUGCACAGUAAGAGAGAUUUAAAAUCUAUGUUUUGACCGCUAAAAGCAAAUCCAAAACCCAAUGGAGUACACACUUGCUUGGCAAUUCCUGUCCAUUCUAUUGUGCAAAUAUUAGCUUUGUGUGCAGUGACGGUUGAACGGCACAGCCAUGCUACUGUCAUUUUAAGGGAAUCCUUUUGAGUUUGGCAUUUGUUUUCUUACCUUUGGCAAGGUGUGGAACUUAGUGUGGCGACCAAACCUUACAUGUAAACAGUACAUUCAGAUUGUUAAAAGGAGGCAUUUUUAAAGCCAAAUAUAAUAGCCUUUUUGAAAGAGCCUUCACCAGAGGUCAGUAUAGACAUUUCUGUAUGAAUGUACACAUGUAUCAGAUGUCCUAAGAUUUCUGAACAUUUACUAGUUUGGUAAAUUUCAUCCCACACACUCAAGCCCGUUCCUAAGGAUGUUUAGGUCAAAUAGCAUCACUUUGUUCAGAUUUAAUUGUAGUAAGAGUAACACAUGCAAGAAUCAAUUUAUGGAAUUUGGGGAUGUAAACCAUAACUGGGUUAGUUAGAACCCUGAGGAUUCUACAGGUUUAUUCAAAUGUUUUCUUUUACAUUGUUUUGUAAGCCACAGGCCAAUACACAGCCUACGUGUUACUUUGUACCUUUUUUAUGAGGGGGACACAGAGAAAGUAUAAAUUGAUUGGUUACUGUGGAAACGAACUAUCAAAUAAAAGUUAUACUUUUAUAUGUAAGGCAACACAUUUCCCACACACUUAGAAAAAUGCUGCUCUGCAAUGACUGAUAAUUUUGUUAUGAUAUACCCCUGUUUAUUGAUUGCUCUUCUAAUAUCAAUGUUGUUAUUUUGGAUUAGCAUGCUUUUUUUCUUAAACUCACAAUAGCAGAUGAUACUGAAUGGGUGCAUUUGUAAAUCAAUGGUCUAGUUGGUAGAUCAGAGUGAUUUCUUUAACUGCCAAUGUCUGCCAUAAAUUCUGGGAAAUAAAGUUGUUUUGCAAAGAACUAGUGUCAAAUAACCAGUUUUUAUAUGCCCCCUUGAUUUGAGAAACAAAUAAAACAUUUUGUAAAACA